AUGAAGCUCCGGUGGUGUCGUCGGUCGAGCGUGAAGAUGACGAGGAGCAGUUUGGAAGGGCCCGUCUCACUGACCCGCAAAUCUGUCUCUCCCCGCCGGUGUGUCUCGUCGACAAGACACAAUCUCCCCGAACUUCCUUUCUUAGCCAACUCCCGCCGGACUCAGCCCUUGACGAUUUCAGGUGAGGUUGGGGUUAUGAUGCGGGCUCUUUCCGUCUCCCCCCCCCUCGAACUCUCGAGACGACGGUUACGAUUCUGGUGA